AUGCAUGCAGCUGUGUGUGGUGGAAGACAUGGUCUAUGCGACGCAAUGCGGCCGGCCAGUGGAGCUGAAUUACUGAGAUACUUAAGAAAAGUUAAUUUCACUGGUUUGAGUGGUGAUGAAUUCCACUUCGAUGCAAACGGUGAUGGUCCAGCCCGCUACAACAUCCUGCACUUCAAGCAGGUCACUCGAGGAGUCUAUGACUGGGUGAAGGUGGGACAGUACCUCGAUGGUGAACUACAAUUGCAUAUAAAUGCGAUCCAAUUUAAAUGGGGCGAGCGGAAACCGCCUGAGUCGGUAUGCAGUGCGGAGUGUGAGCUGGGUCAAGCCAAGCAGUACGUGGAGGGAGAAAGCUGCUGCUGGCACUGCUUCAACUGCACGCAGUAUGAGAUACGAUCACCAUUUGUGGAGACGGCCUGUAUGGUCUGUCCUCGUGGGACUCUCCCAGACGUGACCAGGACAAACUGCAGGCCCAUACCGGAAGUAUACCUACGACCGGACUCUGCCUGGGCCAUUGGUGCAAUGUCUUUUUCUUCGGUCGGAAUUCUAUUGACUGCGUUUGUUUGCGGUGUUUGGGUCCGGCAUAGUUCAACUCCAGUUGUUCGUGCGAGUGGGAGAGAGCUAUCAUACGUCCUGCUCGCUGGAAUCCUCAUGUGCUACUUGGUCACCUUCGCUCUGGUCUUUCGACCCACGGAUAUACUUUGUUCUAUACAACGAUUCGGCACUGGUUUUUGCUUCACCGUAGUAUAUGCAGCACUUCUGACGAAGACCAACAGAAUAUCUCGUAUUUUUAACGCAAGUAAACACUCUGCGAAAAGACCUAUCCUUAUCUCUCCCAGCUCUCAACUUGCUAUAUGUACUGCUCUUAUAUCUAUACAGGUUCUGAUCGUGGUCGUUUGGAUGAUAGUAGCUCCGGCCCGAGCGAUGUAUCACUAUCCAACACGGGAAGACAAUAUGCUGGUGUGCGACUCAUAUGUGGACGCAUCAUACAUGAUCGCCUUCUUCUACCCUAUCGUGCUCAUCCUCGUGUGUACCGUGUAUGCAGUGCUGACCAGGAAGAUCCCCGAGGCAUUCAACGAGAGCAAGCAUAUUGGGUUUACCAUGUAUACGACCUGUGUGAUCUGGCUGGCAUUUGUGCCUCUGUACUUUGGAACUGCGAGUCACGUGCCACUGCGCAUCACGAGCAUGGCGGUCACCAUAUCUCUGAGUGCAAGUGUCACCCUCAUCUGCUUGUUUUCUCCGAAAUUAUACAUAAUUCUCAUACGGCCGGAAAGGAACGUACGUCAGAGCAUCAUGCCGGUGCGUUACAGCCGGAAGCCGAUGGGCGCCCUUCCCCAUCCGGCCGUUAAAAAGCCACCUUGUGCUGAUAAAGAAACACAGACAGCUGCAGCCGACUUCAACAAACUAACAAACGGACAAACAGUAUUACUGAAAGGCGACCAAAAAGAAGAUAAGAAGAAAUCAAAUGUAAAAAUCGCUAAUUGUGAUUCAGAUAAUAAAUUAAAAUCAAACGAUAGAUCUGAGUCCUUAUAG